AAUCAAACAUGCAAAUGACGUAGACGUUUGUUAUGAUAUCAGACGAAAAGAUUUGAAGAUGUUGACAUAAUAUCUACAUAUGUAUAUAUUUCUUUUUCUGCAAGAAUGAGAGCAUGAGUGAUAUGAGUGACCAUGGCUGAAUACGAGACACCCUAUCAGGCGUUAGCGACAUUUGAUGAUGAUGAGACAGAUGAGGCACCAUCACAUGAUAGAGAUUUUAUGAUUCAUGUUGUUCCAGAAAGUACACGAUGGAACCACAUAGAAAAUUUGGAUGAUUUUUUUGCCAGAGUUUACCAUUAUCAUCAAAGAGGAGGUUUUGGUUGUAUGGUUAUAGAAGAUAUACUACAAUUAAUUCAGUUCCUGUUUGUUGUGUUAUUUUCUAUAUUUCUGAUUGACUGUGUGGAUUAUGAUGUCCUAUUUGCCAAUAUAAAAUACAAUGGUACACACAAGGUCACAAUUCCUGAAGCAGUUAUCCCCCUUGAUCAAUGUGUUCAGAGGUUUAGUUUUGGUAUUAUAGUGUGUAUGCUUGUUGCUUUUGCAUUCUGGGUGUUCCGAACAUUGAAGGUUAUAUAUAAUAUCUUCAAAUACACAGAAAUAAGGUCAUUCUACAACAAUGCUCUGAAGAUAACUGCAGUAGAACUAUCUAACUUAACCUGGCAUGAAAUACAAAGAAGAUUAUUGGAAGUACAGAAGGAACAACAAAUGUGUAUACACAAACAAGAACUUUCUGAACUGGAUAUUUACCACAGAAUACUGAGAUUUAAAAACUACAUGAUAGCUAUGGUUAACAAAUCAGUGAUUCCUGUUAAAUUUAACAUGCCAUUUGUUGGUCAAUAUGCCUUUUUAAGUACAGGAUUAAAGUAUAAUUUAGAUAUAAUUUUAUUUUGGGGACCAUGGUCUCCAUUUGAGAACAAUUGGAAACUGAAAGAAGAAUACAAACAUAAACAUAGAAGAGAAUAUCUAUCUCAGUUUUUAUCACAAAGGAUAUUAUGGAUAGGAAUAGCCAACUUUAUACUGUCACCUGUGAUUUUUCUGUGGCAGAUUUUAUACUCUUUCUUCAGAUAUGCAGAAUUAAUCAAAAGACAACCUAAUGUUCUUGGAACUAGAAGAUGGUCAAAUUAUGCUAGAAUAUAUGUUAGACAUUUGAAUGAACUAGAUCAUGAGUUUACUGCCAGACUGAACAGAGGUUAUGAAGCUGCCAAUAUGUACCUUGACACAUUUACAUCCCCUCUACUGAUCAUACUUGCAAAAUAUGUAGCAUUUUUUGCUGGUAGUAUAGGAGCUGUGUUGGUUGUGUUAACUGUGAUUGAUGAAGAUGUACUUGCUGUAGAACAUAUUUUUACUGUAUUGACAAUAUCAGGUUUAAUUGUGACUGGUUGUAGAGUGCUGAUACCUGAUGAGCAUUUGAUAUACUGUCCAGAGAUUCUAAUGAGGAGUAUAUUGGCACAUAUACAUUACAUGCCUGAUAGUUGGAAAGGAAAUGCUCAUAGACAGAAUGUCCGAGAUGAAUUUUCACUACUGUUCCAAUACAAAGUGGCAUAUCUAUUAGAAGAGCUAUUCAGUCCCUUGAUAACUCCAUUUAUCUUGUGUUUCUCACUGAGACACCAAUCUCUACAGAUCGUAGACUUCUUCCGUAACUUCACAGUGGACGUAGCUGGUGUUGGGGAUGUUUGUUCUUUUGCUCAAAUGGAUAUUAAAAAACAUGGAAAUCCACAAUGGAUACCAAACACUGAAGAUGAACCAAGUAAAGAAAACCAGUCAGAAGGUGGCAAAACUGAAUUAUCUCUUAUGCACUUUCAUAUGACAAAUCCAGAAUGGAAGCUGACAGGAAACCGCAGUAUUUUUGUACAGAAUGUUAAAACGCAAGUCCAAAAGGAACUAGUUUCACCCAGUAUUAUGCAAGGUGAUGGAGGUUUAAUGACAUCAAGACUCCCAGGAAUGUCUUUAGGCAUGUUACCUUCUGUCAACACUACAGGACUAGGAUUAGGGUAUAACAGUUUAGCUUCCAGUAUUACUAUGCAGAGUGCCAUGUUUCCUGGUCAGAUCUCAACCCUAGCAUCAGGUGUACAACCUCGUCUUAGAGGUGGACUGUCACAUAUUGAGGGUCCCCUUGGGGGAUCAGGAUCUGGAAUAUUUAGCAGUAUGCAGAGUUCAAGUGGUAGUAUUAGCAAUACAGCACCAAGCUCAUUAAGUUUUAGGGGAAAUUAUGAUGAAGGGACGAUUGAAAUGUUGUCGCAUGACAUGAGUUACAGUGCAAUCUAUCUCCAUGACAUGCAGUUCAGAAAAGCAAAGGGAAAUAAUCAGUAUGAGACAUUAGAAGACGCCCGUGCACGCUCAAUGUGGCAGAGACAGGAUAGUAACCAACCAACAGUGAGUACAAUGCCCAACAUACAGGAAAAAUCAAGUGAAGAGGAAAGUACAGAAGAAGUCAAUACUGACAAACUAUUCACUUCUAAUCAGGUGUAGUGAAGAAACAGAACCUUGAACAAUUCUUUGUUGUUGAAGCUCCAUGAAUCAGUAAGCUUGUGUGUAAGUGCUAAAAAGCCUUUGAUAUAGGUUAUUUCUUUUCUAGAUUACUGUAGAUUCAUUAUUAUUCACUGGGUACUUAAUUUUCAUGUAUUUUGUGGGUAUAGAUGAUCCAAAAAUUUAAAUGUUCAACAAAGUAUGAAUUUCUCACAGGAUUGUAUGCAAACUUUGGCAAAACCACAAAAUCAAGUAUCAACAAAAAUUUAAUUCUUCUUUAAUCCACAAAAAUUGGUACCCAUGACAAAAAAUGAAUCCACAGUAUUAUGAAAGGGGAAACGUAUACAUGCCUGAUUGGCAAUUCAAAGCAGAGCUGUCAAUCAUAGCAGCUGAUAUAGUUUGUGAGUUAAGCUGUUUGUUUUACAUUUAUCUUAGCUGACAGUGUUGUGAUUUAACCAUUAUGUGUGUGUGAAUUACCUCAUUUUAUUGUAUUGUAGCAGCACAAGUGAUAUGUUAUGUAAUAAAAAUUAAUUUUAAUGCACCACUUUUUUGUUCAGAAAAAUUGUGCAUUUUUUGGGGUAUACCAGUAAUUGUAAAUUUAAAUUAACCAUGUACAUGUAUGAAUACAACUUUAUUGUUCAAUUGUUUAUAUCACACAGGAAGCAUGUAUUUGAAACAUUGAUCAUUUUGUUAUAAUGACCAAAGACUACCAGUUAAGAAGGAAAAAAAAAUUAAAAUGUUUUGGAAUAUGUAAAAAAGCAUAUUUCAGACCUGUUAGUUUUUGUUUCUCAAACAAUACUGGGCCAUGUAUGACACUUGCUACUCACCAGAGUUCACCAAAUAAUUGAAAAAUUUUGGUCUAACUAUAUGUGGCCAAAAGAGUAGUGAGUACAAUGGCAGAAAUUUGAACAGUGCAUGGCUUUCUAUGGUAUACAACUUGAAUAAUGAAUUUUGUGUUUUGAUAAUCCAUGACAAUUUAAAUCCACUGAAUUUAUAUCUGGAAUUUUACUGUAGAAUUUUUCUCAUGAGUUUAGUAACAUUUGUAGACAUGAUAAGACUAAAGAUGAAACAAUAAAACCUGAUUACUGCCUUUCAUCAUUGAAGUCUACUGGUCAUACAGGUCUGUAACUUUUGAAAAGGUGAUGACUUGAUCCAGGUGAUAGAACUUGAAAGCAUCUUGUGGCACACUGAUUCAGAAAAUAAUGAUUCCAGUCAGAUUUUAUGGAAUCAUCUUACAACACUCUUGAAUAAUAAAACUUUCAUUUAUCAAUAUAAUACUAAAUAGAUGUGGUGUGAUUUCCAAUUAGGCAUCUCUACAAUAGAGACCAAAGGACAAGGAUGUAAACAACUACAGUAUGAUCUUCAACAAUGAGCAAAACCAAGAUUGUUUACUGUGGAUUCAUUUAUUUUUGUGGGUGCCAAUUUUCAUGGCUUGAAGAAAACCUGCAUUUUCAUGGAUAUUUAAUUUCGUGGUUUUGUUGAAUUCUGCAUACAAACUUAUAGAAAAUGUAUCAUUCGUUGAACAUUUAAACAUGUGGUUCACCUGUGCCCACGAAAUCCUUGAAAAUUGGUAUCCAAUGAAUAAUAAUGAAUUCGUUAUAUAAAAGCCCCCAGCAUAAAAAAUGUUAAAAAAUUAAAACUAAAAAAACAUUGCCUGAAUUAUGCUUCAAUUUUUAUGACAGCUGGAAACCAAUGAUAAUGACUUGAUGCAAGCUUUGCCAGCUUAUUUAACUGAACUUCAUUAUUCAAAGUCCUGUUCAAUGUCUUAUAUUAGAUUUAUUGGCCAGUUAAAAGACUCAUACUCAAUUAUCUAUAUUUUUAUUUGUUAUAGAUUUAGAAAUUUAUGCAUGUUUUUAUAGAUGUGAAUCUCUUGUCAACAACAAAAAAUCUUGGAUUAUUGCAAUUUAAGUGCAAACUAAAAAAUAAAUGAAAAAGUGAUUUUCAUUACUAAUUCUAUUGUGAACAGGUCAGUGCUUUCUCAAUUAAAGCAUUGCAAUAAUUUGUCUAUAUAUAUUUAUUUGAUUCUUUUAUUCUUAUAUGUGAUUAGCCAGUUUUUUUUUUGCUGAAGGUUUGCAGUUCACUCUGUGUACUUUGCUUCCUCUACCAAAAAAAAAAAACAACAAAAAAAAAACAGACUGCCAUAUAUGUAUGAUAUAGCAAUGGUUGUUGAAAGUGGCAUUAAAUACCAACAAAGAAACAAAUAAACAUCAUACAUGUCAUAUGUGAUUUCUUAUUUCUAUUAAUGUAUAUAUAUAUAUAUAUGUGGGAAAAAACCAAGAAAAAAUUUGAAGUAAAAAAGAAGCAUUUACUGAUGAUUUUUUCAUGUCAAAACUUGAUUAGUUACUGAAAUGAUAGCUAAGUUCAGUUGUUAAGCACUUUACAUAAACUGUAUUCAAGCUCAUGAAUUUACAAAAAAACUUUAAAAAAAAAGAUACUUGAAAAGAAGUUUGAAUCAAAUAUUAUGCUCAAUUUAGUUUGCAUUACCCUUGUAUAGUUCCAUUUAAAACCCUUUACUGUCUAUUGUAAAUGAAACAACAAAGAACCACAAAAAAGCGACAAGACUGUGUGAUUUUGUCUGUUUGUAGAAACCAGUUACACAAUACUAUACAAAUCUGUAAUUUUGUUGAUUUUAGAUGUAAAUGUUGAAUUGUUAUGAAACAAAACUUGUGAAUAGUUUUAUUGAAAACAUUUUAAUGUUAUGCUGAUAUGUAAAAUAAGACUGCUUUUGUUGUUAAUAGUGAUAUAUGACAUAUAUUUGGUGUUUUCAGUGUGUGUUAAUGUGUAUAUCCAUUAUAUCACAUAUUCUUUGUAAAUAUAUUCAUGUUAUGCCUUAUAUGUGAUAUGCAGUGAACUGGUGCAAUACUGUAUUUUAAUAGGUAAUAGUUUGUAUAAAUGGUACUAGAUCAAGAUAUCCAAGAAAUCAAUGGGCUUUUAAAGAUUCAAAAGUUGUUUAAAACCUAAAGCUUGCUGGAUGAUGUAAGUAAUCUGGUAAAUUCCCUAUUGUGACUAUUGUCCAUUAUAAAAAUAUGUGAAUGAAGGCUGUUAUUAAAGCUGAAAGAUUUAUCAAAAUAAUUAGAUAUUUCACUAUUUGUAUUUCUGGUAAAAUAAACCAAUGGUUUACAGAUGACACAUUUUAUUAUUUUGAAUGCAACAUUUCUACUUUAGCAUACAUACUAUUGAACACGAAAUACAUGUGUGAUUUUGAAAUUUUUAUAUGUUUUAAUUUUAAUCAUAAUAACAAUGUUUAUAAAAGGUUUAAUUUGACCCUUUAGUGGUGGUGAUAGAACUUUAAGUGUUUUAUUUAAUGUAAAAUCAAUAAAAAUAAAUGAUUGUUGAAAAAAACCAGUUUCUAACUAUGUUGUAAAAAGUAAGUUAAGCAUUUGACAAUUUUUAUGCAACCCUUAAGAAUAAAGCAUAUAGUGGUUAAUUUUUUUAUCUGAAACAAACGAUUUCUGUAUUAAGAUCAAGGAGAAAUCAUUAAUUUGUUUUAAAUAGCCAUAAAUUCUGGUAAACUAUUUAAAGCCAAUUGCUCAUGGGCUUUUUGGUCUUAUAUUGUAUGAUUAAGAAGAGCUUCAAAGUUACUUGGUUUUGGAAUCAUAUGACCCAUUCCUAAGAAAUAAAUACAUGGCUUAAAAUAAAUUCAACAAAUCUGAGGUUCCUGCAUUUUUUGGUAACUUUCAUAAUAAUUAAAGGAUUUGAGCUACUUUUCGGUUUGCAGUCGUAUUUAAAGAAGAACUACAUAUGUAAUUUAAGCUAUGAAAAAUAAAAGCAUAAGAUCACUUAAAUCCAUUUAACUAUUAGUUCCGUUAUUCAGUUUGUUUCUCCUUUUUUUUCUUUAAAAAAUAAUAUUGAUCUAUGGAAAAAAUUUUGUUUAUUAAGAACAUGCAGUUGUUGAGCCAGAUGCCGAAAUCAGGUGGUUUUAUAAAAGGCUUUGUGGUGUGAAGGAAUUUCAAAUUUUGAGAUUAAUGCGCCAGUGUCAAGGAAAGUUGUAAAAUUGAAUAUGAAAUCCUCAUUUUAUUCCACUUGACCAAGUAUAUAUGCUUGAGACAUAAAAAGGACUGUUACCUGUUUGAAGUGCAAAUUAUAAACUUUCACUGGUUAUGAUAACAUACAAUUCUAAAUUUACAAAUAAGAAAAAGAAGUUAUCAUCGUAAAAAAUAAAAUUGAAUUUCAAUAUUCAAGGAGUAUUUAUGUCAAACUUUAUAGUGAUUUCCAAUUGAUAAUGAAGGAUUUAUCCAUGAAACCAAAUAUCAUGGAGCAAUUGGAAUGAAGUCCAUCUUAAUACACAAAGGAUGACUGCUCUAAAUUUGUCCUAUAAAAACUCACCAAAGAUAGGUUUUACUCUUAUAUCUGUCAAAUAACUAUCAUUAUCGCAAUUUCGUGCAAAUUUCCUUUGAUCUUUUCUUGUGAUAAUUUUUCAUAUCAUGCUACUUGCUUGAUAUAGAAAAUUAUCGUCAGAAACUAAAAGCGCAUGUGCCGUUGUCAAUGUAAACAUAAACGACGUCAUAGGCAAAAUAGCGAUAAACAGAUUAUCAGUGGUCUUUCAAACUUAAGGAUGUUUCUCGGCCACAUCUCAUCUGAGGGCUGUCGCCUUUCAAUGAGAUUGUAGCUGAGAAACACCCUCUUGUUUGAAAAACAAUUGAUAAUAUAUAAUCACUGCCCUUUGAGAUGUAUUUGUUUUCGUAAUCUAAUUUAGUAACUUAGAAUGGAAUAUUUAAUUAUCAUCUACCUUCCUUUUAGUCAACAGCAAAGAUAAAAGAAUUUCUUGCACAUGAUUCCCUGGACUUGAUAUUUUGUUUGCAUGAACUUCCUUGUAAACAGGAAUCGAGAUUUAUGUGUGAUGGUUUUUGAUUUAAUAACAUGUCUGCAUCAAUCUAUUAUACUUGCAUAUUUGUUUUAUACAUUUGAAAAUUGAGAUAAAUUUUUCUUGGUGGAUCUUUAUAUUCUAAUCAUAUUGUGCAAGCAUAUAAAUUAUUAUCAUUGUUAUUUGCUGUAGUCAUUUAAAUAAACAAGAUUGUUAUGUAA